UUUGAUGCUGCCUCACACCAGUACAAGUCAAUAAAACUUUGUGCGCCGACACACACAACUUCCAGCACCCGCCAGCUGGGCCAAAAUGGAGAUUAGCAAAGGCGCCUUUCUCUUUCUUUUCUUGCUCAGCUCAGUGCAAGGAAGCGUACUAGACAGCUAUGUGAGAACAGAGGGAGCUUGGCUGCUCAACCCAAAGAGGCAAAUUUAUAAGACAAAUAGUGAAGAAGAGUGUGCAGAACGAUGUGAAACUGAAAAUAAAUUUCCCUGCAGGGCUUUCUUAUUCACCAGUAAAGACCAACAGUGUUUAACAUUGGCUGAGAACACCAAAACAGCAGUGAUAUUCAGAAGAACAAAUGCAGUUCUUUAUGAAAAAAGAAUUUUUCUUCUAGAAUGCAAGGAGGGAGUAGGGGUAGAUUACAGAGGAACAGAAGCCAAAACUCAGAAAGGUGUGCCAUGCCAGAAGUGGACUGAUAAUGCCCCUCAUAAACCCAAUUACACACCUGAAAAAUAUCCCAAUGCGGGACUGGAGGAAAACUACUGCAGAAACCCUGAUGAAGAUGUAAAGGGACCCUGGUGUUACACAACAGAUCCUGCUACCAGAUUUGAUUACUGUAACAUCCCAGAGUGUGAAGUAGAGUGUAUGCACUGCAGUGGAGAAAACUACCGUGGAACAAUUGCAACAACAGUGUCUGGGCUUGAGUGCCAGCGCUGGGACUCUCAGAAACCUCACUCUCAUGGAUACCUCCCAGAAAAUUUUCCAGAGAAGGACCUGAAGAUGAAUUAUUGCCGUAAUCCUGAUGGUGAACCUCGGCCAUGGUGUUUCACUACCAGCCCAACCAAACGCUGGGAUUAUUGUGACGUUCCUCGUUGCACAACACCCCCACCACCUCCUGCACCAGGGCGUCAAUGUCUAUCAGGAAAAGGAGAAGACUAUCGAGGCACAGUAUCUGUUACUGAAUCGGGAAAUACCUGUCAGCACUGGAGUUCUCAAUCACCUCACAGACAUGCUCGCACUCCUGAAAACUAUCCCUGCAAGAGCCUAGAGGAGAACUACUGUAGAAAUCCCGAUGGUGAGAAGAUGCCGUGGUGUUACACCACCAACAGAACUGCCCGGUGGGAAUAUUGCAACAUACCCUCCUGUGACGGGGCAGAGCCAGAGACCCCUGCUGUUGAUGUGCCUGAGCAGGCUCAAAUUACUGAGGAGUGCUACCACGGCAAUGGUGUGACUUACCGUGGCACAGCUUCUUUCACUCUCACGGGAAAGAAAUGUCAAGCCUGGAGCUCAAUGACACCGCACCGACACAAUAAAACAGCAGAGCAGUUCCCAAAUGCGGACCUGAGGCAGAAUUAUUGCAGAAACCCAGACGCUGAUACCCGCCCAUGGUGCUACACCACUGACCCCAGUGUGAGAUGGGAGUAUUGCAACCUGAAGAGGUGUGAUGAACAUGUACAAGUGACUUUACCUAAACCUCCUCAGACAACACAGGAACCAAACCCUGAUUGUAUUAACGAUAAAGGUAUAGACUAUCGAGGCACAGUAGCAAAAACGGCAAGAGGCAGGACUUGUCAGGAGUGGAGUUCUCAGAGACCUCAUAGCCAUGACUACUUCACUCCCACGACUCAUCCUGGAGCAGGCCUGGAUAAAAAUUAUUGCAGGAAUCCUGAUGGAGAUGUGAAUGGACCCUGGUGCUACACAACAGACCCAAGAAAAGCCUGGGAGUACUGUGACAUUCCCAAGUGCCCACCUACUCAGUAUGAGUGCGGAAAAUCCAAGUUCAAGCCAAAACUAUGCGCUCAAAGGAUUGUUGCUGGGUGUAUUUCACAUCCACAUUCCUGGCCCUGGCAAAUCAGUCUCCGGACGAGUUUUGGCUUACAUUUCUGUGGGGGAACUCUGAUAGACCCACAGUGGGUUCUUACUGCUGCUCACUGCUUAGAGAAGUCAUCACGACCAUCUUCGUACAAAGUAUACCUUGGAUUACACAGAGAAAGAGCAUUAGAGGCAACAGUACAAAAGCGAGAUGUUGAGAAAUUGUUCAAGGAGCCACACAGGGCGGACAUUGCUCUGCUAAAACUGAGCAGCCCAGCAAUCAUCAAUAAUCAUGUAAUCCCCGUUUGUCUGCCAAAAGAAAAUUCUGUGUUAGGAGGAAGAGAGGAAUGCUAUGUGACAGGCUGGGGGGAUACGAAAGGAACUGGUGGUGAUGGCUACUUAAAGGAAACUGGAUUCCCUGUAAUUGAGAAUAAAAUAUGCAACCGCCCUGAAUUUUUGAAUGGUAGAGUCAAAAAACAUGAGCUCUGUGCUGGGAAUAUUCAUGGUGGCACAGACAGCUGCCAGGGGGACAGUGGAGGACCUCUAGUCUGUCUGGACCAAGAUAAAUUUGUCCAACAUGGAGUCACUUCUUGGGGCCUUGGCUGUGCCCAACCCAUGAAACCUGGUGUUUAUGUUCGAGUUUCCAAUUACAUUCCUUGGAUUAGGAGUAUAAUGGAAAACAACUGAUCUUGGGUAUGGACUGCCCUCUUCUGGAAAGCAGUAUGCACAUUAGAAAUACAAGAUUCCAAGUGCAAUCAUUUAUAAGAAAGUAAAAUAAAUAUGAUUAUCCAUUUUAAAGUGCUAUAUAUCAGCCCUUAUUGCCAAGAAACCAAAUUAACCAUGUGUUAUAUUCUUUCUAGACAUUCUAUGGUUUGCUGUGUUUGAAAAUAGACUUACCAACCCCUGAAACACUUGUCAGAAAUCCCAACCUCAAAUGUAACUGGACAUCCGCAUUUCAAUCUUAUAUUAGGCUCUACAAUGACUUUUUCUUCUAAGGCUAUGCAUCCAACAAACAAAGAAAGGAGCAUACUCCUCAUUUUCUAUGAAUUGUCUGAGCCUCUUAUCAAUUUAAUGAUGCAAAUAAGAGAAGAAACUCAUUGUACAUGUCUUAAAUGCACGUGAAGUUUUAUUUGAUGUAUCUGGUAGUAUUAAAU